CAAAACCUCUCAUCUGCCUUCAUAAUGUGCGAAAACGUGAGAAAUCGCUGCCGGCUGUGUCUAGACGAGGAAUCGGUGCACGUUUCUCUAUUAGAAAAUCCUUCUAUCCAAUUACAUAUGAAGUCUUGCCUCGCCCUGACCGUGUCCAGCACCGACCAGCUUCCCAAGUUGGUAUGUGUGUCGUGUGUGUCGCAACUGGCCGAGUUCUACCACUUCCAACUGAACGCUCGCUGCUCCCAGGACUGGCUGGAGUCCUGCAUCCAGGAGCAGGCCAGGAAAUCCACAGAAACAAAAGCACCCAUACAACCACUCCCGGAUUCCGAGUACAAUUCAGAUUCACUUCUAGAGUUCCUCAAUAAUAAUGCUAAUAUUGAAGAAUAUUUGAGCAAUCUGGGUAAGGAAGAUAUACCGUCUAUAGUGAAUAUGUUGGAUAAAAACCAUGAAAACUCUAUGGACACCUUCAACAGGCUUACAGGUAACCUGAAAGGUUCAAAGUCAAUAAGUCCAAAGAAAAAAGAACUAGCAACAACUGCGAAAAGUGGUAAAAUUAACAUGGAUGUUGAUGUACUAGACUCAGACACUGAAAUCGUUCAAAAAUUACUGAUGAAAGAAGUUGAAGAUACCAAACCAAAAGCUAAAAGUACAGAGAAACAGGUUACAAACUGUUUUGCAUGUAAAACUAAGUUUGAAAACAUACAGAAGUUAUCCAGACACUUGAGUAUUUGUGAUGAUGCUUCAAGAACUUGUAAUAAGUGUCUUAUACUGUUUGACUCUAAGCUCAAAAUGCUGCAGCAUAGAAUAACUCAUGUCACAUCAUACCCUGUCUCUUGCAACUGUGGAGCAACUUUCAUCAACAGAUAUGACCUGCUACAUCACUAUAAGAACUGUACAGCUGACUUCACAACCAUACAGUGUACAUUCCGCUGUAAACAGUGCUCUUUAAUAUUUAAAGACAGGUUACAGCUCUAUAGACAUGCUAAAAGCCAUGUGAAAAAGGCAGAAGAAAGAAUUUGUGACAUUUGUGGUCAUGUGUUCUCUACUGAGGAUGACCUUGCGCUGCAUAAAUCAAAUGAGCAUCAAACUUCUGGUGAUGUUAUGUACAGGUGUAAAGUGUGCAGCUACACAUCAAAGGACAGAAGAAAUAUCUAUGUCCAUGUGAAGGGACACACAGUUGCCACAGAACUCCAGAGUCACCUGUGUGAAACGUGCGGACAAAGUUUUACCACUCACUCAUCUCUGAAACGACAUUUACACCAACAUUCACAUGGAUCUACCAGCUGUAAGAAAUGUGAAAUGUGUCACAUAGAAUUCAAGAGUGUUGAAGGUAAAAAUAAACAUAUUUGUCUAGAAGAAAAAAGUAUGUGUGAAAGAUGUGGAGAUACUGUUAGUGUUUGUAAAUUAAACUCACAUGCUUGUGUCACCAAUAACUUACAAGAUAAAACAGUGAAAGACUGAUUAUAAUAUCUAGAACAUUUAUUUAUUUAAACAUUUAUCUAAGUAAGUAUAUU